CUGCACGCUGCUGCAGCUCUUCUUCCUCUCUUAAGCCCCAACAUUCAACAGCGCCAACGAAUAAUUCCUGCGUUUUCUUCGCCCUUCCAGAGUAAUCUAUUCUCUAUGGGUCUAGUGAAGAUGGGUGAGCUGCCCACAGUUAAUUCUUCCUCUGCCAUAGGUUUCACAGCUUCACAGCAGAACCAGGGCUCAGCUAUUACAACUACUCCAGAAUCCAAGCCAAAGAAAAAGAUUUGCUGUGCUUGCCCUGACACUAAGAAGCUGAGAGAUGAAUGCAUUGUGGAGCACGGUGAGGAAGCUUGUGCAAAAUGGAUUGAGGCUCACCGUAAGUGUCUUCGUGCAGAGGGAUUUAAUAUUUGAGAUUUGAAGAGGCAGUUGGGUUGACCAUAUGAUAGGAAAAAACAAGUUGAAAGUCUACACUUUUGAUUUUUUAGGUUUACACACACCAGAUGGUAUUAACAUUUUGGAAUAAGGCCAGGAGAGGCAGCCUCUCUGUACUGUUAUAUGCAUCCACGGGCUCAUGACUUUUAUUUUCUUGAUACAAAGCGAAAGCAGCCAAAAUAUAUUUAAAAGGAUUUACUGCACUUAUGUUUGUGUUUGUUUUAUCUAUUUCAUAAUGAAUACUUGAUCUGUGUGAUGUGG